UGCCGAGCGGUGCAGCUGCGCGCCGUCCCGCGCGCGCUGCACCGCCCGCUGCACGCCGCACGCUCCAGCCCGCGCAGAGCCCACAGCGCCCCAGUGCACGACCACUCUCACCACUGACGUCUGGACGUUACUUGAACUAGAGUCUUGAAGCGGCUCCGGAACAUCGUGACGAAUGUGCAGCCUGGCAGCACUGGCGCGCGGCUGCCGGCCCGCCGCCAAGCCGUGCUGCCUCUGCUGGUGCUGCUGCUGCUCCUGCUCCUGCCUCGCCGCACGCGGAUCUGACGGAGAGCCAGGCAAGAAGCCGCGCGAUGCGGGGCCGCAUGACCCACUGCUGUGCGACGGAGAUGCUCUACCUUCGUUGGAGGAAAUCCGGAGUUGGGGGCAGUCCUUUGAUCGACUCAUGCGUAGCGCAGCGGGAAGGAAGGUGUUCCGUGACUUCCUCCGCGGCGAAUACUCGGAGGAGAACAUCAUGUUCUGGCUGGCGUGCGAGGAGCUGAAGCGGGAGACGGACCCUGAUGCUGUCGAGGAGAAGGCGCGGUUUAUAUAUGAGGACUACAUCUCCAUACUCUCGCCUAAAGAGGUGUCGCUGGACUCUCGGGUGCGCGAGAUAGUGAACCGCAACAUGGUGGAGCCGACGCCGCACACGUUCGACGAGGCGCAGCUGCAGAUCUACACGCUGAUGCACCGCGACUCGUACCCGCGGUUCGUGGCCUCGCCGCUCUACAAGACGCUGGCGAGGCUCACCAACGGCUCCCCCAGCGCACCCCCGUCCUCGCCGCCCGCCGACCCGCCCCCCUCGUCGCCACCCCCCACCACCACCGCAACCGCACCAUGAAACACCAACCUCGCGGUCGACACAACCGCGUAAAUGUUCGCGCCUAAUGGACGUCUAUAAGUAUUUAAAAGUUACACCUUCCGUUCGUUGUAUCGAAUCGAGCCGUCGAAUACGACGGCCCGAGCGAGACGGCCACUUACUUUCGUGUAAAUAGAUAUAUGUUAAUUAUGCGGGUACUAAUUCUGUACAUAGUUAGGAUAAGUUUAAGUGUAGACGCGGUGCGGCAGCUCCAUUGGUCCAUCUGCACCGACCCGCGCCCGCGCCCCGCGCCCCGCGCCGCCGCCGGGACUCUGAAGCGCAAGUUUCGUAUUCUAGUCAUAGUUCUUAAGAUUGGGUAUUGAUUAAGUAAUACGAGUAAAUAAAUUAUUAAUAAGGAGAUGAACAGUCGCUGUACUAGAGCACCCAUUCGGAAUAGUCUUCCGACCGCGCGUCGGCACUACUGCCAUACCAAAUUGUUUCUCUAUUUUUUUAAUAAUGUUAAUGUUGCACAGUUCGAGAUGAAAUAUAUUUGGUUUAAGGUUCGUCUGGGUCUGGCGUGCUCGGUCGCCUCGGAUCGUAUCUGCUGUCCGGUGCACUGCCGUCAGACUUGCUCGAACAUUUCUGGCCCUUUCUACUUUUCUUCAGCUUGUGUACAAAGCAAAUUAUAACGUAAAGCAACUUUAACAAAGUGAAAUUGACAAAGAUUAAAUAAUAAACUUAAUUAUUAUUGGCGAAUUUUCUAAUAAUUGUGAAUAAUUUUCGGAUAAGAUGGUGAAGAAGUGUGGUAUGCACGGAUAUCAAGAGGUACAAAGAGAUUGGAAUGGAGGAGAGAAGGGAAUCCACCGAGCUGCGGGUAUUACGAGACAUAUUACUUAAAACAAAUUGUAUAUUUUACCUCUAGGUGACCCUCUGUCUCACAUACCUCAGUUUGAUAACAGUCUUGUGCGAGCAAUAAGAACUUCUAUGCCUAAGUAAUGGAUGCCUAAUUUUGAAUGUACUAUUUGAAGUUUAACAAAACUUUUCGAAAUGUAUUGUGAUUUGUUUUUGAAAAGUAGUCCUACUUUUCAAAGUAAUUGAUGUUGAUGAAGAAAAAGUACAAAGCACAAAUGUAUGUCCUUGUAGCAAGCAGAGGCGCGUGAAUUAGGUUUUAAGUUUUUUGUAAACUUUUAGUAUUGUAUCCAUGGAACAACACUAUUAAAACUUAAAAGUUUUCUUAAAUUAAACUACGGAAACGCGUUUAUAACGAGAAAUUAUUUCGAACAUAAGAAAUAUUCUUAAAAAAUAUUCCAUUUAAUUAUACUAAAAGUACCUAUGCAAAAGAGAGUUGUCAUUUAGAUACACGAAUGUAUUAAUGGCUAAGUGAGGAGUGACUUUUAGUUCUGAUCAUAGUAAACCUACAUUUAAUGACGGAAAUAUUCCGCAAUGGCCGACAGGCAACUCUAUGUACUACUUACAUAACUACACUUAAAUUAUGCUAAUAUUAUUGUUGAUUCCGGCUGACGCACUUAAUUUUAUUUAAGUUUGACAACCCUAAAACUAGUUCUGUUCUUCACUUACGAUAAGUGAAAAAGAGGGACGCAGCUAAUUUUAGAAUUAUCAAACUAAAAUAAGAUUUAGGUUGUGUCAUGAUUAUCAGUAAUUGAUUGAAGUUCACGCGCCUGUGCGAAUCUUUAUAACUACCUAUUAUAACCGGGCUCCUUGGAAUGGUCUGCAAAGAUAAAAUAAAUGAUAUUUUCCUGUGUAAAACGGCCUAGACUGAAAUUCUGUUUACAUAACUAUCGAAACCUUAUGACAUAAUAAUAACAGCGGAUUUGGAGAAAUUGCAGCCCAUUUCAAAGUAGCCUGUGAUAAUGACAUAAACCCUCAAGAGACCAAUAAAUGGACUAUUUCAUAAAACUAACGUUAAUAAUAUAAUCAUAAUUGUAAAGUAAGCGGACAGUCGAAGAGGUUGAGAGAAAAAGCGAAUUAACAACCAAUUUUGGCAUCAACCUAGAAAAAGAAUAAAGCUUUAUGCAUUUAAAGGUUAAGAGCGCAAAAAUAUUCGCUGGCUUAAAAGUCCCGAUAGUUCAUGAUAAACAGCGUUUUGGGAUUAACACGCUCAGUAUUUACUGAAGUGAAAAAGUGGUUUUAUGAAAGGUCCUGUACAUGCCGAUCUGUUUUCGUCCCCACUGCACAAAUUCUAGUCUGUACUAUGUAAUCUGUCUGUAGUUAGAAGCAAUACGGUGGACCAAUUAAGUUUGCCAGGAGUCAACGAAUAAAUCUGUUCAUGUA